AUGAGUGAAAGUAAAGACUUCCAUCAGACCCCGCUUGUCGUCGCUGCUAUUGUACGCCUGGGCAUCAAGAUGGACAUACUUCUUUACAAUAUCGUCAUGCGUAACGCUAUGGAAGCUGGAGAUUAUGCUACAGCCUUCAAAGUAUACAACUCUUUGGAAGAAAACGGACUACGGGAAGACAACCACACCCUCUCGAUAAUGCUUCACGGAUGUACCAUGCAGAACGAUCCAGCUCUCUUCCAAGCUUUCGCACAACACUGUGCUGACAUAGCAGGAGACACCCGGGACCCUUGGUUAGCAACAGACUAUAUCUACUAUCUUUAUGUACGCCACCACGGUGACGAGAACGUCGAACGUACCUCAGCCAUACUAUGGCAGUCCUACGCCAGAUACUUCUCAGCAGCGCUGCUGCAGUCGUUUGUCGGCUACGGAACUCCAGACCUAAGGAACGUCAGCAUCUCACAAAAGACUUCUGCGCUUGGAUCCCUGUAUCUUGCUCCUCCACCAGUGGCGUUGUACAUUAUGCUGCGGACAGAGAUCCGAUCAGCGUUGGCAAUCAGCAACACGCGAGUCUAUAACCUAUACAUCAAGUUCAAGUCGGUUGUAGAGGAAGGAAAUCCAGAAUUUGAUGCGUUGGCUCAAAACCCAAUAAUCUGGAACGCUUUCCUCCUCGCUUUUUGUGAGAAACAGCAAUUUGCAAACGCAUCCCAGCUCAUUCAAGACAUGACAGACGGUCCAGCGAAGCCCAACGUUUACAGCUGGAAUAUCUUUAUGCAAGCUUUCUUCAAAACACGACAAGUGCAAGCGGCAGAACGCGUCUCCCAGCUCAUGCGAAAUAGCGGUGUUGAACCUGACCGCUACACAUGGGGAGUUUUGCUGCGGGGAUAUGCAAGAGCACAACUCGUUGAUCGAAUCGGCGAUAUCAUUCCGCAUUUAAAGCCAGAAGAGGAAUUAGACGAUGAUCUGCUGAGACAUCUUGCGAAAGUAGUUGACCGGAGGAAGCUGAUGGACGUAUUGGAGGAGAACAGGUCCCACAAAGAGACGAUCGCGCUAGAGAAAGCAGCUCAAGAGGCAGAGGAUGAGCGAUCCAGGUGGCGGGAUGAGCUCACAGAUGGCGAGGCAGCAACAAUAACAAGCGGUCUGUCUCCAGUUCAAAUCGACAUGAUUGCGGCGGCGCAAACCAAAGAGUUGCCUGCCACUCAACCUGGCUCAUCGGUUGUUCCUCCAAAGCUUACUCCAGUACCUGAGCAACCAACAGAAUCGCCUCCAAUGCACAGACGCCCGUCGGGAUUACCGCGCGCCAAUUUGCGGGACCCUGAAGUUCAAUACAGAAAGCUUCAAGAGCAGCUAGGUCUCGUCGAAUCUACCGAAUCCGCAGUCAAUGAUCGUGUCGAACCGGAAUCAGUCGAGCCGUCUAGCGCAGGCCUAGCUUUCAAGAGCAUAAUCAGCAAGAACAGUGUAAGAGCUAUAAAUUCUGGCAAGCCCGCUACUACGCGAAAGAGGGUUAGGUUCAAUCUCGUAAAACCCGGGCGGCGGGGAUGA